AUGAUUCCGCAGCGAUUCAUCAGAUCUGGUGUGAUCGUGACGAGUGUCACGUGCGCUCCGAGAGGAACCGGACCGCCGUGCAGCAGUCCUAACUGCCCGAGGUCGGCCGCCUUUUGUGUUUCUGGCUAUGACGAGCGCUCGGGCCGCUGUGUCCGCUUCGUGUGCUCGCGCGUGGUGCUGGCGUGCGGCGGCAGCGACCAGCCCGCUCGGCCGCCCGCCGCGCUGGCGCCCUACGCGCUGCAGGACCUGGCCGAGCUUCACCGCCUGCCCACAGAGCUGUCGGGCCCAGCGCUGGUGGUGGGGUCGGGGCUGAGCGCGGCGGACGCGGUGCGGCGGCUGCGCGGCGUGCGCGUGUUGCACCUGCACCGCGCGCCGCCCGCCGCGCUUGCCGCGCUGCCCGCUGCCGCAUACCCCGACUACCAUCAGAUCUACAAGAUGAUGUGCGACGGACCCUCGGGCAACCAUCACAACUACACCCCGUACCCGGAUCACGUCGUAGUGGAAGUCACGCCACUAGAAAACCAAGAAAUCACCGACAACAAACUCUGCCUCAAAAGAGUAAAACUCUUGAAUCUAGUCACAAACGAAACUACGGAAGUAACGGUCUCCUUGAUCGUUGUCCUCAUCGGCUCGAGGCCGGACCUAUUCUUCUUACAAACAAACUUUAGUUUAAGCAACAUUGACGUUAAAAAAGACUGCAUUAAAUGUUUGAACGAACAGAAGCAAGCGGACAAAGAAAAUAUUGACAAAGCCAACCAAAGGCAGUGUUUCCUUAAAAGCCAUUGGCAUUAUCUUAAAUCUGUCUUGGGACAGAGCAUACAAAGUUGCAAGUCGAGAUAUCUUAAUUACACGGAGAUAAAUGGUAACUCGGACACUAAAUGCAUUAUUUCAGAUUGCAAUAAGGGAGACAUUGACUUAAAACACAAAUGCAAUGCUUUGGAGAAAGUUGAAAAUGGACUUGAAGAGUGUAAAUGUGAAAUCAUACCCUACACAGAUACUGUUGACGGAAAGUUGAGGUGCCAGUGUCAGCCAACAAACCCAUAUUCAAGCGGGUUGGGAUUUGGAGUUGACCCAACAAAGCCCGUUGAUGGCAGAUCGAACCCCAUCGCUAUUGACAAGAGCACUCAUGAACUUCUUAACGCUCCGAAGGGAAUUUAUGCCCUUGGACCACUCACCGGUGACAACUUCAUCCGAUUCAUCCCCGGUGGAGCCCUAGCCAUCGCAGCGGACAUACACAGACAAAUAAAGACUACAGCAGAGUGA